UUACGCCCUAUUUUGUAUAACAACAGUAGAAAAAUUGCAAUUUUUUUUUUCGCAAUUUCAUUAUUAUAACAAUGUACAGUUUCGAAGGUGAUUUUAAACAAAAACCUGUUCAGUCACUCAGAGGUGCAAGUAAAAAGGAGCCAAAGAAUCUUUUACUUCAGCGUACACAAGAAGCAAGACAAAAAAGAGAGAAUCUAAGACAUAAUCAUGUCAGUGCGACCCAUAUCCAGGCAUUUUACCGAGGCUACGUCAGCAGAAGAAAUCUGAAUGUUACUCUGUGCAAUGAUUUUGACUCAACUGUACAGCCGGUAUUGAAACAACCAAAGAUCGACAUUUCGAUUCUCAGUCUUCUUGUCCGAAGAUUAUCAUUCUUCUACAGACCUGAACGAGAUGGACAAAGACUGAUAUUUGUGUGUCAGCAAGUUCUUAAACAAAAGGAUGCCUAUCUGAAUUCCAUCACACAAGACAGCCAGUUGUAUCCUCUCAAGAAAUUGUUGAUCUUUUGUCAAAGACAUCUAGAUAUGAUUGCCUCUACUUCUGAUCCCAUUGCUGUUCCCAUGAGGAUGUUGGAAGUGUUCACCUCUAUGGACACAUACAAGCUACUCAAGAUACCAGUUCCCAAGCCGGAAGUAUAUGUGUAUAGCGUCAUUCACUACCUGGUCCAAAGAGGUUACUUUGAGUGUCUGCACAGACUGUUAAAUGGGAAAGUUCCCUCUGACAUCAUCAGGACAACUCUCCCGCCCACACCAGCUGCGUCCAGUAUUCUCGAUCUAAUCAUGAACCCGAUCAGUUUGGCGUCGCAUAUCUCAGACAAAGACUUCAGUCAUCUUGUGUUGAGACGUGUGUGCUGUACAUUUUUGUGCAAGAGUUACAGUGACCAAGUGGGACAGUUCCUCCUUCCUGCAAUGGCGUAUGGCAAAUAUCCAUUCCCCUUUGUUGAUCUGAUACAAGCGCUUGUGACGAAGACGUCUUCUGGAAAUAAAACUAAGAGAAAACAGCAGGAGCCGCAGCUGGAAUGGAGUCCCUGGCUCCUGGCAGCCGUCCUCACACUGGCUGAUAAAUACAUUGCUGAUCUCCAUGCAGACAUGAGCUUCUUAUACCUGACCUUACUGCAGUCCUUACUUCCAACCCUGCCCACACCCAAAGUGAACAUAGACUACGAUGAUUCAGAUUCUGAAGAAGACAUGUUUCCUGAUGAAAGACAAGGAAUAAAGAAUCUUGUUGAGUUGCGGGAGGAGUGCCUGCGUCUGCUAGACACCCCGAGUCAUCUGAAGUGCAUGUUGAGCUGUUUACACCAGCGGUGUGAUGCCCGACUUCUUGAGGCCGUGUCCGUCAUCUGUCACACUCUGCUGUCACAACAGAGAAUCACCGUACACAGGCUGAGGUUACUCUACACCCUUGCCUUCAAUACUGAGAUAAUCCGCAACCUGUGGUUCACAUGUGCUACAAUGUCCACACCAACUGUUACAGGGUCACAAACAUCACUGCUGGCAAUGCUGGCUCGUGGUUUGCCGAUGACGGAGAUGGACGUCAAUAGGAUUGUGCCGAUGUUGUCGGUGUUUUGUUCCAUGUUCAGUCACUCCUUGAUAACAUUACACGACGCAGAAUUCUAUGGAGAUGAGCAGUCCUCUGUCCGCAGCAUGCCAUUUACCACUGAAGAACUGAUUCCCAUGUGCCAAGUUUUACGUGACGCGUGUCUAGGAAUUAUUGAACUGGCUCACCCUGAUGCGCGGUUCACUGUUAAAGAUACGUACAAAGAGGCACUGCAGAAGACGGGCGUGACGAGUCGAGUCCCCGCCGGGGAGAACCACGACAAGGAAACCAGUCAGUGGGCCUACCUCUUCAGAGUUAUCUCCUCCUUGGUGAGGCAGCUGCACACGCGAGACACCAGGAGGCAGUUCUGUCCGAGGGGACACUGGCUGGCCUCUCAUAUACAGAUUAACGCAGCGAAGCCUUCCCAGAUUUACAGAGCCCAAAAUGCUGUUUUUUUGAGAAGACCGUUUGGCACCUUACAAACUCUCACACAAGUCGGUUACGACAAUGAUGGUCCACCUCUUGCAAACCGUGAGGUGAAAAACCUGAUCAUACUAACAGAACUUCCAUUUGUUGUAUCUUUCACUGACAGAGUACAGAUCCUACAACAUCUGAUAAACGCUGACAAGGAAGAACACCAGGGUGAUAUGUCAAACUUUAUGGUUGGCCCGUCCGUGUCCGUGAUGAUCAGACGGAACUACAUCUAUGAAGAUGCUUUUGAAAAACUCUCGCCAGAAAAUGAACCGAACAUGAAGUUGAAGAUGAGGAUACAGCUGGUGAAUGCCGCUGGUCUAGAUGAGGCUGGGAUUGAUGGUGGCGGCAUUUUCCGGGAAUUUCUGUCGGAGUUGUUAAAAACAGGCUUUGAUCCCAACCGUGGCCUCUUUCAGUACACAAACGACAGACUGCUGUAUCCAAACCCUCAAGCAAACUUUGCCGUGGAGAACUUCACUAAACAUUAUUUCUUUCUUGGAAGAAUGCUUGGCAAGGCCCUGUAUGAGAAUAUGUUGGUAGAACUGCCGUUUGCUUCUUUCUUUCUGCACAAGAUUCUCAGUCGAAGUACGGCUGACUUGGAUAUCCACCAUUUAGCAUCACUGGACCCUGUCAUGUACAAGAACUUGCUAUUUUUAAAGACAUAUGAUGGUGAUGUCAGUGAUCUGGGAUUGGACUUUACUGUUGUUAAUGAUGAAUUUGGAGAGACUAAGGUUGAAGAAUUGAAGGCAGGUGGGAGAAAUAUAACCGUCAACAAGAAUAACAUGAUUGAAUACAUUCAUUUGAUGGCAGAUUAUCGACUUAAUAAACAGAUUCGAAGUCACUGCUCAUCAUUUCGACAGGGAAUGGCCGAUGUGAUCAGUCUGGAAUGGCUUCAGAUGUUUGACCCCAUGGAGCUGCAGGUCCUUAUCUCCGGUGCUCACGUACCCAUCGACAUUGCAGAUUUACGAAGGCACACCAACUAUUCAGGUGGUUUUACAGAAGAUCAUAUUGUGAUAAAGAAUUUCUGGACGGCAGUUGAAUCAUUUACAGAUGAACAAAAGCGGCAGUUACUCAAGUUUGUGACCAGCUGUUCUAGACCACCGUUACUUGGAUUUAAAGAUUUGUACCCUCCAUUUUGUGUUCUUUGUGUGGCCCAUGAACCAGAGAGGCUUCCCACGGCAAGUACAUGUAUGAACCUGCUCAAACUCCCCGAGUUCAAGGACCUCGAAACAAUGAGGUUAAAACUGUUGUACGCUGUCGAAUCGGGAUCAGGGUUUGAACUAAGUUAACACAGUGUGUGGGAGAUUUGUGUUGGACAAGGCAGAUUUUUACAGAAAGAUUAGAUACAAUAUCAAACAAUGCAGAUUUACUUACAGAGUGUGAUAACUCCAGUUGUAACAGGACAUUCCUGGUCUUAAAAUAACUUCUGUUACUAAAGUACUUGUGCACUUGUCAUAGACGUUGGAAGAUGAGGAUUGGAGGGUGGGGGCUGCUAUAUAUUAAUUUGAUUUUUAAUUGCGGCGGCCAGUGCAUUAUUUUCAGAGUUGGUAGGAGCCAGUGACCCUACACCCAAUCUAAUUAAAAUUAGCUCCACUAUUACAUGUGGAUCUAACAGCAGCCCGUUGGAGCUCAUGUCCAGUUGACCUUUCAUUCGACCAAUCAAAACAUUACUUGCAAAAUCAUGCCAGUGA